AUGGUCUCCGUCAUUGGUAUCUUUAUCAUCUUGGGUCUCCCAAUUAGACUUCUUUGGACUGCCAUUAAAUACCCAUUCGACGGCGGGGCAAAGGGUAAAUACCACAACAGUCUCGCAAAGGCCUUGAAGUUGGCAAUAUGCAAAUUUGCAAUAUCAUUGUCGGUGGAGGAUAGUUCAGUGUUGGCUUUAGUCAAAACAAACUUUGUCAUCAACACAAUCGUCAAGACACUUUACCCCAGUUUAACCAAAUUGAACAACUAUGGGAAAAGGUACGAUGAGCAAAGUAUUUGGCUUGUAGAAGCUGACAACCGAACCAAGUCAGACCCAAUUAUAAUCUUUUGUCAUGGGGGUGGGUUCUUUUUGGAGACGCAGCCUCAACAUAUUGAAUCUUUAUUGAGCAUGUAUUACUUACUUGAGGAAGUUAAGAGAGAAAGGACGUCAAUUUUGGUGCUUGAAUACGGCUUGGCUUGCCAUGGACAUCUUAUUGGAACUCAAGUUCAUGAACUAGCUGCAACAUAUUCAAAGUUGGCUUUGGAAGGUAAUGACAACUUUGUUUUGAUGGGGGAUUCGUGUGGUGGUAACUUGGCCAUUGUGUUUUUGCAGCUCUUGAAGCAAGAGCAAAAAAUGCCACAGCUUCCUUGGCCCAAGUCGUUAGUGUUGAUUUGUCCGUGGAUAAAAAUUGUUCCCGACAAAGACCAACUUACACCAGGUCAUUCUUACCAUGACAAUCUCAAGUACGACAUGGUUCUGGAAAACUUUAUGCUUGAUCCGAAACGUCAAGUUGCCUUGUUUGGAAACAAGGACUAUGCCGAUCUUUUCAUUUCACCUGGAAAUGUGCCAUAUAAAGCUAGUGAUUGGAGUGACAUUCCAACAUUACACAACAAAGGGUACUCCACGUUUGUUAUAACAGGUGAACACGAAGUGUUUCGUGAUGAUGCGUUAGAGUGGGCCAGGUAUGCGCUAGGUUCACCAUUGCAGCCCCCUUCUCAAGAUUCAGGUGGUGGGUUCAAGCCUUUUGUACACGAGUUUGAGACUAGUGGUAGUGACGGUGCGUACAUUGAUGUUGUGGUUGAGCCGUGGGGUAUACACGAAUCAGCCAUUUUUUUCGAACAUAAUGCUGCUGGUUUAGUAAAGAGUCAUCCACAAGUACAAUUGAAGGAUUUAGACCCAGUAGAGUAUUUCGGGAUAGUGAGAAUUACAGAGUUCUUGAACAGGACUCUAGUUGUCUCGCAAGAGGAUGAAGAUUAG